AGCGGAUCUUUGUGGAUCACAGGAAUUUGACAGGAGUUUAACGGUCCUCGAGCUGAAGAACACACGCAUCUACAUCUGUCAACAUGAAUAAAGUCUUUCUGCUCGUGCUCGCUGUCGCGCUGUGUUUCAUCGGCGCUCAGGCUCUGGAGUGUUACCAGUGUACUGCUGGUGUGGGGAGUUUGUGCGUCACAAGUAAAGUGACCUGCACAUCGUCCAGCGAGCACUGCUUCAGCGGCGUGGGUAAAGCAGUUGGCUUUUUGGAUAUUAAGUCCAAAGGAUGUCUUGGAGUGAGUGAGUGCAAUAAAACCUCGAACGUGAAUUUUCCGACCAACGCCAGCACUUUGUUCAGCAUGACAAGGACGUGCUGCAACACGGACCUGUGUAACUCCGCUCCGGACCGCUCGCACGUCUCUGCUCUCGUGAUGACGCUCGCUGCCGUCGCCGCCAUCAAAUUCAUCAUGUGAAGAAGAGCGCGCGCACACUCACACACACACACACAUACACACACACACACACACACACACACACACACAUGAGAACAUUUCAAAGACUUCACAAACACAGUUUCUCUGUGGAAAAUGAAGGAGUCGUUGCUGUCCUCAGCUGUAAAGUGAUAGUUUAUAAUGCUGUAAUGUCCUCAUCUGUCAAUCAUAAAGUCAGUAAAGAGCUUGAAAUGAAACAUUGAAGCGAACAAUUAUUAAUAUAGAUAUGAACCCCCACACACAAAAUCACCCCAGUCUCAUAAGAACACAAAUCCACAUGUGUUUGCUUGAUCUUUCUUUAGAGGAGCUGAGGAUGUAAACCCUGAUGAAAUAAGCUUUAAGACAUGUUUAUGUUUUUAUUUCUUUAUUUUUACACUUUCAGGUCAAAGACAUUUUUAUCAGCCUCAUUUACUUACUUGUUUAGUUUAGUUUUGUUAUUGGACGGGCCUGAGUUGACGUCAUGUGUAAUUGUACUGACCAGGUGUCCUGUGUUUGAAUUGGUAUCAUGAUGGAAAAUGAAAAGCGGCAGAAUUAUAAUAAAAGAGUUUGGCUUUGGUUGA